AUGCUAUGUGAUUUCGAAUCGAAAUGUGAUUGGAUAUUCGAGAGUCCAGCACGAAAAUAUCCACGUGACCCGAGACAUAAUUUUAAAAUUGUCGUUGGUAAUCGCGAUUCAAAACCAACACAUUAUGCAUAUUUUAAUUUUACAAAAACACGUGAAGAACCAGCAAUGAUCAUUAGUCCUUAUUAUCAACAUUUGUCCAUUCAGUGUGAGCUCCGGUUCACGUACCGUUUAAUUGGUGACCCGGAUGUGACGCUGAUGGUGACCAGUCAACAUCGCGCCUUAAAUGAAGCAGCUAAUUAUGCUGACCAAUAUGAUUAUGAAGAUGAAACGGAAUGGACAAGACCAACAUUGCAUUCCACAUUUAAUGCGCAAAAUAAUUACAUCGAUUCGUUAGUUAAAUUCUUUAUUUAA